AUGCCUGCUGCAGUGAAGCCGUUUCUGGAGGGCAUGGUAGCGGAGGCGGGGGACAGUGAGCGCGGCGUGCCCCAGUGGGAGGCCUCAGGGCUGGGCAGAGAACGGCUGCCUCUCCCCUCUCUGAAGGUUCCUCGGGAGCUGCUACGGAGCUUCCCUCACUCCAAACGUGUGGGCUCCUACUUGGUGGGCAAGAUGAUCAACAAGGGCUCCUUCGCCAAGGUCAUGGAGGGCCUGCACAUCAACACCGGAGAGAAGGUGGCCAUAAAGGUGAUCGAUAAGAAGAAGGCCAGGCAGGAUUCCUACGUUCUGAAGAACAUGAAGAGAGAACCUCGGAUUCACCAGAUGAUCCGUCACCCUCACAUAGUGGUGCUGUUGGAGACGCUGGAGACGGAAAACAGCUACUACAUGGUGAUGGAGCUGUGUGCUGGAGGGGACCUGAUGGAGCGCAUCUGUGAGACCAAGCGCCUGGAGGAGCGCGAGGUCAGGCGCUACACGCGCCAGAUCCUGUCCGCUGUGGAACAUCUGCACAAACACGGCAUCGUGCACAGGGAUUUAAAGAUUGAAAACUUCCUUCUGGAUGAACACAACAACAUAAAGAUUGUGGACUUCGGCCUCAGUAACACUCUGAAGGCUGAGUCUCUGUCUCUGGAGCUGUUGAAUACCCAGUGUGGCAGCCCUGCCUACGCUGCCCCAGAGCUGCUCGCACACAGGAAGUACGGCCCCAAGGUCGACGUGUGGUCGGUGGGUGUGAGCAUGUUUGCCAUGCUGACAGGGACCCUGCCCUUCACGGUGGAGCCCUUCAACAUCAAGCAGCUGCACAUGAAGAUGGUGAACAGAGAGAUCAGCAGCAUCCCAAGUGACAUCAGCAAGGGAGCGGUGGGGUUCGUGCUGUUCCUGCUGGAGCCUGACCCAGCUAAGAGACCCAGCAUCAGAGCAGCUAUGGGGGAGUGGUGGAUCAACGAGGGCUACGCCAGGCGACCGCUCCACACACAGUCACACAGGAACAGGUUGCGUCCUGAGGAGCUGAACUCGUCUGUUCUGGCGUACAUGACGGAGACCCUGGGGUACUCGCUGUCUGACGUCAUCCACACCCUCACUAUCAACAGACCCUCCUCCAUCAUGGCCUCCUAUCACCUGCUGCACGGCAAGCUCAGCAGGACCCAGAGGGGAGCCAAGGGCAGCAAGAACCUGGAGAACAGCGAGUGGAACCUGCCCAGUAAAAAGACCUGGAGGGAAAAGAGCAACAUGGCCCCCAAGACUCAGCACAACGAGGCAGCCAAUGAGAAGGGUUCGAAGCUGGCCAGCAAACCCCUGAGGAGCCAACCACAGGCCACGGAAUGCCAGGGCAGCAGGAAGAGAGCGGAGGCCCCGCCCAGAGAGAGCCACAAGGAGGAUGAGGAAAACCGCCCCCCCUCUCCCUCCCUCCCCCAGCUGCCUCCCUCCUCCUCCCCCCCGCCCCGCCUGCCCUCCCCCGGGCCCCUGUCGGUGGAGGGGAUCACCGAUGAGGAGAUCGCCAUCACCGUGGACACCAGGGAGGCCCUGUUCCCUGAGGUGUCUGUGUUUGGAGACAGGGAGCUGGUUCAUCUCUCUCCACCCAAAAGCUCCGCCUCAAAACUAUGCGACUCAGCCCCCUGCCAAGCCCCAGGCACCGCCGAGCCAAUCAGAGACAGCGCUGUCAGACCGGUCCGACCGCACGUGCUCAGAACUACACACUCGGACGGGGCGGACCCCGGCGACCGUUACCACGACAACAGGCAUCGCGACGACCCUCAUCACCUGGGCAACGACAGGCUGGAGAAGCUGCAGACGUUCUACUCCUCGGAGAAGAGCGGCAUUUCUCCCAGAAUGCUCCUGGAGGCGGAACCGCACCCCUCGGACAGAGACCUCCUGGGUGUCAUGGAUACCGCCCAGACGGCCCCCCUCCCUCGCCUCAGGAACGCCGGGCUGAAGGAGGGUCUGGGGAGGAAGAUCACCUGGGUGGGUCUGACCCGGCCCGGAGCCCCAGGCCUGCUGGUGAACGGGUCCAAGCCCCCGACCUUCCCCUCCCAGAGACAGCACGCCCUGGUCAUCAAGAGCCUGAGGCAGGAGAGGGGGCGGAGGGGAGCAGCAGGGGUCGGGGGGGAGAGGGGAGGGGCGGGGGGAGGGGGGGAGAGAGGGCACGGGGGAGGGAUGAGCGGCGUGAAGAGGAACUCUGUCCAGCUGCGCCCGUCUCUCCAGCGCAGGGUGACAGACCUGAACCUGCCCCUGCUUCCUGCAGCGCUGCACAGCAGCAAGACUGACCACAAGAACCACCUACACGGCAUGGACUACUGA